UACGAAUUUUUAAUAUACUGCGACGUGUUGCGAUUUAAAUUUUCUUUUUUUUUUUUUUGAUUAUAUAAAAUUUAUAAAUAUAAAUAUUUUUUGACCUUAUUUAAAUAAUAAUAAAUUUGUUUACAUUGGUUAGAGUUUAAUGGAUUAAUGAGAGUUUAUGGAUCAUUCUAAGUACGCUAAUAUGAUAGUGUAUCAUGCAUGUGUGUGUAUAUUUAAGAGUACAUCAAUGUCAAUUGUAUGUCACAAUAGUAGGUUAUGACCAUUUACGACACAAAUGUAUUGAACGUACUUAGGUAUAACCUACAGGUUAAUAAGUGUGAGGAGAUAGACUUCUUUAUGCUAACAUUACUCAUAAUAAGUUAUAUACUGUGAUUAGAAUUUAUUAUACACUAUACUUUAUUUGAUUAUAAACACAUAUUUAAGUGUAAAUCUUGAGAAAUUAUGAAAUCACAGUGCAUGUGAUAAACGCGAGAUACACCGUUAAGUCCUUACAAGAUUUAUUAAAGAACAAUGAAAGGAUGCCAUGGGUGAACAUAACAAUGGUCCUUAUGAACAACAGCUUCUUGCUGUAUUUGAAAGUUGUUUGAUGAAAGGACAAACAGAACUGAAAGAAGAGGAUCUAUCCUCUUUAUGCAAUAAAUUACAACUCCAUAACCGUGGAGAUGAAUUAAAGGAAUGUAUUAAAAAAUGUACUCCAGGAAAACGAUCAAUUUCAUUUCAAGAAUUUCGAGGUGGAUUAUUACUUCUGUUGGGCAAAACACAAGAGCUGUUGACUCAAGGUGACACGGAUUGUACUAUACAAUUACAGCAAGAAGUAAAUAUAAAUAAUGAUAAUGAUAAAAUUUCUGACUUUCCAAACUCAGAAAUUCAAGAAUCUCAUAUGAAUGAUAGCAAUACAAAAACAGGUCUUAUAUUAGAUAAAAAUCGAUUAAAAGAUUUAUGGCAAAAAAUGAAUGUAUGUUUCAAAGAAAAUGCAGAUACUGCAGAAAAAUAUUACAUGUCUAAUCACAGGGAGACUUCUGCACUUCCAAAACAAAUAGCUCAACGCAUAUUUGAAAAACUUGAUCAAAAUAGCGAUGGUCUUAUUAGUUUAGAUGAGUUUUUAGAUAUAUUUAAAAAUCAAACUAUUUUACAAGAAGAAUUGAUUCUUCCUUGCAAGGAUAUAUCUUCAAAAUGUUUAACAAAUUCAAAUGAAGAAAAAUCUGAUUAUGAUACACUUCAACAUCGUGAUUCAGGCUUUAUUCAGCAUAAUAUUGUUACCGAUAUGUGGAAAAUGGCUGGUAUUUCUGAUGCAGCUUCUCUUUUAUCAGAUUUGGGGUAUAACUCAUCAAGUAUUAAUUUAAGUGAUUUGGUUACUACCUUAUGCGAUGAAUUGAAAAGUCUUAAUGAUUCUAUAAUCAAUACAGAUAUUCAGCCUCAUAUUAGUUUGUUGAAAGGUGUUUUUCUUCUUUAUAAGGAAGAAUUACGCAACUUGAACAUUUUGAUAGAAAAUAUAACAGGUGAAAGAGAUAAAUUGCGAGUUGAUGUAAUAGAGGCUAAUGAGAGAGCGAAUUCCCUUGCACAAGAAAUUGAUGAACAUCAUUUUCGGCAAGAGGAAAUUAAACAAAAUUUAUUAAAACAGAUCGAAUAUAAACAUUCUGAGAUUAUAAAGGAUUUAUCAAAUCAACUUAGUUUGGAACGUGAAAGUAAUGCUACUACUUUAAAAGUAAAAGAACAACAGUUACAAACGCAGCAACAAGAAAAUUAUCAAAAUAAAAAUAAACUUUUGACUGCUUUACAAGAUAAUCAAAUUCUAGAAACAGAAAAUGAAAAUCUCCGAAGUCAAAUAGAUAAGCUAAAAGAAUCUAACAAUGAACUUUUGAUGCAAAUUAAAAUGCUUGCUGCGGAACAUGAUGAGGUUGAUGAUAUAGAUGCAAAGAAGGAAGAACAAGUUCUACAUUUAAUCGAUCGUAUGAAACAGUUGCAGUCAGAAAUAGUUUCCCUGCGCGAUCAAAAUGAUGAACUUACUAUAAAAUUGGAGAUAUCAAGAUCACGUGAUAGUGAAACAAAUUUGCGAGCAAUUAAAAAUGAAGCAGUUGAUGCUACUGUCACAUCGGAAACAAAUACCAACGUAGAAACGACUUCGCAGAAAGAGGAAAUUCUAUCCUGCAGCAAUGGUAUAAAUGAAAAAGUUGAAUUGCUCAAAACGGAGAUAGAUACAAUAGAUAAUAAAGAACAAAUUAUAAAAGAUUUAAAAAAUAUGUUAAUAAAAUGUGGGGAUUGUUCUUGUGAAAACUGUGAUUAUAAAGAUGCAAUAUCUUCUGUUAUUUGUGGACAAUCAAAGUUCAACUCAUUUUCGUUAACCGAAGAAAUUGAUUUUUCUAAAAGUCUUGCUUCUGAGCUUGAGACUGAAUGCGAAGAAAGAACAAGUGAAUCAUUAAGAGAUUUUGUUGUUUCUAAAUGUAAUAAAACAACGUCUGCGAAACGGGUGAUGCAUAAUAGUAAUGAUACAAUGAUUUGUUCUACGGAUACCAAUUGUAAUCAUGCAGAUAUUAAAUCAUUACAAAAUAAAAUAACUAGUCUUCGAGAUUAUCCACCUCGGAAAGAUGAAUAUUCUAUUACGGAUCAUAUGAAGAAUUUAAAAGAAAAAGAUAUAACGUCCAAUCAUAGUGUGCCUUGUAAUGAAUCUGAUAAGAAAAACAAUACGACUUUAUCUAACAGUGAUAAUUCUCUUACUAAUUUAGUUUCUCAGGAACAAGAAAAUUGGUGGCAAACUGAGAAAAAACAAUUGACUGAAAGAUGUUUAGAAUUAGAAGGAAGUCUUGAUUUAUUGAAAGCAGAAUAUGAAGAAUGCGAAGAUUAUUGGGCUGCUAAAUUGGAAGAAGAGAGGCAGUUGUUCGAACAAGAACAAAAAAUAAGUGAUGAAAAAUUUUCAGAGCUUAUUGCUAAAAUGGCAGAAUAUGAGGAAAUGAUUAGUCCAAUAGAUAAAGUGAAAAACGGUGGUCGAUUAUCUCCUAUAGAAGAAAAAUUUAAUUUGGAACAACAGUAUUUAGAUUUGGAAGAAGAAUUUGAACAAUGGAAAGUGCAAACAGAGAAGGAUAUUUUGGAGAAAGAUAAAGAGAUUAAAAGUUUAUUUGAAAAAUUGAAACAUUUGGAGAGACCAGAAAAGAUUGAUAUUUCAAUUCAGGUAUCAGAUGAAAGCAUUUUUCAACGAUCUUGUACUUUUUGCAAUAAUAUUCCCAUGGAUUCAUUUAACGUUGAAUCGUAUAUGCAAUUGCAACCGAGGUCACCUCAAUAUGAUGGGAAUACAUCUAAGGUUACAGAAAAUUUUAAAGGGGAUCAUAUAUUUGAAAAUUCAAUGCCUUCUAAUCAUUUUAUGUCGCAAGUUAUAGAGGAAGAAAGUUGCGUAGAAAAUUGUCAUUCAAAUCAAUUACCGUCUAUUAAUAAAGCGGAUACAAAUAAUGUAUAUAAAUGUGAAAAAUCAGAAUCGGGAGAGAAAAAAACGAAUAAUAUUUCUGAAUGUACGACGUUUACAGAAAAAGAAGAUAAAAAAAGUAAAUUCAAGCAUAGCAUGUCCAGAAAAGAAAACAAUUUAUUAAUACAAGAAUUAAUAAAAUCGCAAACUUUAAAUAGUUUACAUUGUCAAGGUUUGCAAGAUAUUGCACAACAACAAGUAUGUAAUAUUGACAUAAAUAUAUUGGAAAAUCUAAAUAUGAAAUUACAGAUUCAAGAACGUAAAAAACGCCAAUUAGAAGAAUAUUUUAUACAGCGGCAACAUCAUAUAGAACAAGUAUUACAUCAAACUUUGUCUCAGCAUCAAAUAGAGGUAUCUGAAUUACGGUGUCUUCUUUAUAAUACUCAAGAAAAAUUACAAAUUCAAAUUCAAGCAAAUACUGAACAGGCUAAAAGAUUAGCCGGAGCUGAUAUGCUUGCAAAGGAUUUAUUUAUAGAAAAUGCAUAUCUAAUAGCAAACUUAAAGAGACUCAAACAACAUUGUUUAUUAUCAGGAGUUAAUUAUGAAUCUACUUCAAUUGGUAGUGGUGGUAGCGGUAGUGGUCGUGGUGGUGGUGGUGGUGGUAGUGGUGGUGGAGAUGGUGGUGGAGGUGUUGGUGGAGGUGGUAAUGGUGAGGAGGAGGUAGGAGAUGCAGCCUCCGCCAGUAUCCACGUGUUCAGUGUAGUAGCGCGUUAUGACCCGGAUGUUAGAUCGAUAGAUGCGAGCAAAUCGACGAAAGGCGCCAGCAAACUACGAAGGGACCUGAUAAAUGCCGAAAUCGCGAAUCUACGUGAUCUACUCCCGCUACCGCCCUCGACACGGCAGAGACUUUCUCAGUUGCAACUUAUGGCCUUGGUCUGCGUCUUUCUGCGAAAAGCCAACUACUUUCAACAAGGGUAUACGUGGGAGUCGUCGGAUGGAGUAACGGUGAUUGCAAUAUCGCAGAGGUGUUUGGGGAGGAACAUAUGCAUAACCAUGUAUGAAAGACGAGGGUUCGCAAGGGAGGAAGGGAGGUUACUCUGUAGACGGACCAAAAAUACCGGACGUAGAGUAUUUCGCUUACGGGGGACAACGAUGAUGGAGAACGGAAGGACGAUUGGAGGAUCUUCUCUUCGUCGUCUUCGAGCCCUGAAGAACUGCCCGUCCGAAUCAUCGAACAUGCCAACACCGAACAUCGGAUUCUCGAAAUGCAUACAAUUCUUUCAGGCUAUGUCCGGAUUUAUCAUGAUGAUGACGCAACAAGGAAAAUUAUUGUACAUAUCGGAAAAUGCUGCGGAAUACCUCGGGCACUCGAUGGAGGAUCUGCUAAUUCAUGGCGAUAGUGUUUACGACGUGAUUGAUAAACAGGACCAUAUCGUAGUUCAAAAUCAAUUGGCAAGAAAUAGUCCAGCACCAAACGAUAGAAGGCUCUUCCUUUGUCGUAUCAAUGUAUCAAGAAAUUCUCGGAGACAGCUUCGUUUUGGUGAUCAAAAGGUCGUUCUCGUUGAGGGUCAUUUUUUACCAUUCGUUCCUGUUUGUAAUCGUAAUGAAUUCGUUUUUCUGGCAUCCUGUACACCGGUUGUUUUACCAGAAACUCGAGAGAGUAUCGUUCAAGGGGCAACAAAUAUUUUUACUACGAUUCAUUCUAUGGAUAUGAAGUACCUGCACAUUGACAAAACGGCUGAAAGUCACAUGGAGUACAAUCGUUCGGAGCUCGUUGGUGUUUCGUGGUACAAUCUCUUACAUUGGGAUUCGAUACGAACGGCUUAUUGCAAGCACCAAACAGUUAUACAAUCGGAUCAAGAACGAUCGAGUACAGCAUUAUUGAGGUUACAAAGUCGUUCUGGAAGAUGGUUUUGGGUUCAUUGUGUUCUCCAAGUUAAGGAAACGUCGGAAGAGUGUCAGCAUCCUAUAAUAGUAUGCACCAAUCAAGUAUUAAGCGAUCGAGAGGCUGAAGUGAUGCGUUCAAGUUCAUGGUUGUAUCAGUAUUCUUCUCAAGCUAAAUUCACUUACGGUAUAUGUUCAACCGGUCAGACACGUGGCGUGCAAUAUACUGUUGGAACGCAAAGUAGUGGUUCACAACAACAACAGGAAUAUGUACGUUCGUCGUCAUUGGGACAUAGUAGCGACGCCGAACAAUCCCCGUCGAUUUGCAAUUUGGAUCAAGAAUCUCAUAGAUCCACUAAGACGGAACCGGUCGAUUAUCCAAGCAGAUUACCUUGGGACGAUGUCGAACCGGUCGAUAUGUCCAUCGGUAGUGCCCAAGAACACGAUAACAGAAAUCUACAGUUUCAUUCUCAACAUGGCAAUCAUCAUCACGGGCUUGGACAAUUCUCUGGUAGAUACCAUAAGUCCCAUCAAAAAAGUUCUUUGCAUUUGGCGGGAUACAGAGCGAAGUUUGUGCAGUAUCACGGGCAGUUUAGCAGUGGCACCGACACACCGAAAUAUUACAUCACCGAUCUGGACAAGGAAUAUGGAUGUACCGAUCAGCGGUUUGAUGUGAUACUCCUUCCUGACGCGAACAGGAGUACCGUCCACAAACGACUCCCAACGAAAGUUUUACCAGCAUCGAUAACCGUUGGCUCGACCGCCGAGCCAGUCGAGUCCUCGACGGAACACUGGAGUUCCAGUCCAGCAUGGUCAGACGCAUUGCAGAGGGUCCCGGAUGUGGUUCAUCAGGAGCUAAGCCCAUAUAUCACGACACCGACGACUCCUGCGGACACACCAGAUUCCGAUUUACAUUCCGAGGCACCGAUAUUCAAUUUCGACUGGGCCGGGGAACAACACGUGCCGAAUUUGAAGAUAACAUUUCGUAGCUCGAAUCACGAACCGAAAGAUGUUCAGGACGUUCAACCUAUUACUUUACAAUUACCCCGUAGAAAGGGCCAUUCCGGUGACGAGUCGAAGGACUUCACCAAAUGAAUGUCCGUUUCUCUUUAGUUAGACCAAUCUCUCUUUAAUUUAACAACUUUCACGCGCCUGAUAUCCUUCGACGGCCAUUUAUAUCUGAAUAUCUUUUUUUUUUUCCCAUACGAUUGUAGUUUAUAAAUUUAACGGUGCUGUGGAUAACCGAGUAUAUUUUUCGUUAACUCGUUGUCAGCGAUUAAUCUAAUCGGUGAAGAAGUAUUGUUGAUCUGUGCCUUUUAGAUUUUAAUGGUAUAGUUCUCUUAAUAAACGGACCAGCGUCCCUUUUGCUUGCUUACGAUUCCUAAAAGAAUUGUAGGUGCAAGCAAAGGUACAUAUGUCCAAUUUAGGGCUCAUUUUUAAGUAGGAAUAUUAGUACUUACACGCAUUGAAAACCGUGCAUUUCAUCGUGCAUAUGUAAAAGUAUAUUAAUGCGAUAAUGCGAAUUAAUUAUACGAUUUUGCGUGAGAAGGGUGCACGAUCGAUUAACGAUUAGAAGGACAACAUACAUUUUUUUUGUAGGUAUAAAAAUGAAAGGAGGGGGAUAAUAAGAUCGAUAUGACAAUAAAAAUCAAUGUAUCGUUGCAUAGUUACCUUAUCAUGAAAAAAUAUGGCGACGACGAUGACCACGACGACGACCACGACGAUUACUACUACUACUACUACUAUUACUUCUACUACUGCUACUACUAUUACUUCUAUUUCUACUACUACUACUACUACUACUACUACUACUACUACUACUACUACUACUACUACUACUACUACUACUACUACUACUACUACUACUACUAUUACUAUGACGACAAAGAAUCGUGAAAAAGCUUUUUUUUUUCUUAUUUUUUUUUUCUUUUUUAUACAACGUUUUACGUGAAACAUCAGUAUCCACAAUUAUAGAUUUUUACGUGUACUUUAUAGGAAAGAUUUUUCCGCAACGUAUUGCGAGUAUUUUUUAUGUAGACGUU